AUGCUAGCCAUAGAUGGGAGAAGUUUGUUCAGCAACAUAGUGUACAAGGACCCUGAGGGAUUGCUAAGGUGUCAAGGAAGAAUAACUAAUGCCAAUCUACCAGAAGAUGCAAAAUUUCCUAAAUUACUUCCAAGAAAAGCCUACUUCACCAUACUAGUCAUCAAAGACUGUCAUGAGAAACUUCUACAUACAGGAACUUCCCAUACACUUGCUACUGUACGACAAAAUUAUUGGAUACCAAGCGAACGAUCCACAGUGUACAAAGUAUUGAAGACAUGCAGAAUAUGCAAGAGAACURAAGGUGGUCCUUACAAACGUCCGCCAAUGCCUGACUUACCAAAGAGCAGAGUAUCAUCAUCAUCACCAUUCACAUAUGUAGGACUGGAUUAUCUUGGUCCACUACACAUUAAGGAACAUGGAGAAACUACCAAAGUAUGGUUUGAAGAACUAACUUUUGAGAAAGCUGAUUACACCAGAGAUAAAGAAAACAAAAGGAAGCGUCCACUGGUUCAAGGAAAACGAGAUAAUUAUUGUGCUACUCCACCAUACGCAAAAAAGGUUCAAACCGAUGAAAUAAAAGCAUUAUAUACAUCUCUGCAAAGAAAUGGUAAAGCUCAAUUAUUGUGCAAGACUUUGCUUGGCAAUAACUUUGAACCAAACAGCACUUUUCAAUCAAGCUGUACAGUUCAAAAGAAAAACCAAGAAAAAUCUAGUGAUAGUUUUAAAAGAGAUUUAUUAUUUGAAAACAUGCCACAGUUGGAUGUUCAGCCAAAUAUUUCACCUGACACAUUACAAAAAAUUGAGAACAAAGUUGGUGUUAGCAAAGACGAGGCUGUGGCCAUUGAGGUCUCAACUAGAUGUCAACGACAAAGUAAAGAUUGGUUUAAGGAGAGACAAAAAAGGUUGACAUCAUCAUUAUUUGGAAGGGUGAUCAAUCGAAGGGAGAAUAUUGCUCCUGUAUCAAUUAUAACAAGCAUAAAGAAAACAAGUUCUUCAUUGUCUAGACUGACCCCUUCAUUGAAGUGGGGAAUUGAUAAUGAACAUGUUGCUCUUGAAAUGUAUACGUCCAAGAGUGGGGAGGAAGUAGCUGAUUGUGGAUUGAUCAUCAACCCUUCCUGGCCCUGGCUUGCAUGUAGUCCAGAUGGCAUUGUUUACAGGGAAACAAAUCCAGUUGGAGCCAUCGAGAUUAAAUGCCCAUACUCAAAAAAAGAAAUGACAAUUGAAGAAUGCUGCAAAGAUUCAUCUUUUUACUUGAAGAAAAAUUCAAGUGGAGUUAUUGCACUAAAACAGUCACAUGUGUACUAUUAUCAGUGUCAAGGUGUUCUCAACAUCACAGGUUUGAAUUGGAUUGACUUUAUUGUAUACACAACAGAAGAUUUUUUUAUUCAGCGAAUACACAGAGAUAUGGAGUUGUGGAAAUCAAAAAUGCUCCCUAAGCUAACAUUUUUUUAUUCUCAGUACCUGUUGGAUUAGUUCAAGGAUUACAACAUUUCCUUUGAUGAUUGUUCUUGUAAAUGCAAUAAUGGAUACUAAUAUAGAUCACUUUAUAGAAAAAAUAUAGAACACUUAAACAAACAAU